AUGGAUAGGAGCACUAUAGCAGGACUGUUAUUGUCGUUAAACCCUACUGAUGUCGUGGACGCGCAGACUGCCGCCGUAGCGGAUGAUGUUGCUACAUACUUUCGGCAAGACAAGAAAUUAUUAUAUAGAGGAAUGGCUGGCAUAGGUAGACAUGGCGGUGCCCUAAUUUUUGCCCAGAUAGACGAGAACAGAUGUCCUGUUCGAAGAAUUAUCGUAAAGUAUUCGAUCGAUGCGACCAACGACGAGGAUUUGAUAAACGAAGCCUUUUGGUUAGAGAAACUACGAGGCGCGGAACAUAUCGGGCAAAUGAUUCCACUGGCUAAUGCAAAUGUCAAUAUAUCUGGUACCGGGAAGCGUCCUACUCUUGCGCUCGAAUAUAUUGAGAACGGCACAAUGUCUACAUUCCUCGAGCGAUAUGGUGCUGAGAAUGUAUGGAUUCCCAACCGGAUGCUGUGGAGUAUCUUCCUCUGUCUGGUACGUCAGGAGAUAGCUAUGGCAUGGCCCCCACGAGGAGCUCCAAACGCACCUCUUCGGAGGGAGAUGGUGGACUUUUGGGAGGCACCGACCGCCUUGACGCAGAAUUCACCCCAUCGGAGGAAUUUAGUGAUAGGCAACUUCGACGAUACCGCUGAACACAGCAUUGUUCCUCGCAUACACUUGAUCGAUUUUGGACGGGGUAAAUUAGAGAUUGAUUACGAGACAGCCCAGCACUUCAACACGGGAUACGUUGGAUACAUGAUGAGUUAUAUUACUCUUUGUCAUAUUCCGGACGAAGAAAUCGAUGAUGAAACUCCAUGGGAAUGGCAUUAUUACGACAGUACUGGGGUUGCUAAGCCAUUUCUGACCUUUACAGAUUCAAGGGUUUUAAAUGCCCCUAACAUUGAUCCUGAGUUAGCAACUCUAAUUGCUCGGUGUAUGUCGCCUGAUGCUCAACCACGAAUUGGUGAGCUUCUGGAACUGUGUGAGCAGGGGGCCGCAUUAUCAGGAGAGCAAAUGGCCGUCCGCGCGGAUCUGGACCCGGAGUGGAGUCCGAAAGAAUUAGAUGAAGGCAUUCGAGAAUUGAUUAAACAAUAUAUAUUGGACGCACCUAGUGUAGACGGCCGCCUCCCAGCGGAUCGACCCUUAGUGGGACUCGAUGCUAUAAGACCUCCUUUAACUCGGGGCAUACGACAUCCCCUUGUCCGGCCUAAAGUCGAGAGGGAACCCCAAAACGAGCCCCAGAACGGACCUCAAGAUGAACCCCAAGCACCUAGACCAAGCUUAUUCCAAGGGUUCCAAGAACAAAUCGAAAUGAUAAGGAUGAGGGAAGCUAGGGAGGCUGCGGCAAGAGAAGAACCCCCGAGGUCACUAUUCCGCGGGUUUCGAGAUUGGUUUUUCAGAAGCAAUGAAGGCCCUGUGAUUAGGGAAGACUUAGAUCCUAUACAAGAACCUGAUCCGGUGGACGACCACGAUCCUAUGGAUGUUGAUUAA